UAAAGAGAAAGAAAAUGGCUACCCUAGUUUCUCAGGGGCAAAUUUUCCUCUCUUGUUAUGCAUUAAUGCUUGUAGUAUUAGGCGCUCUGUUAUUUCUGAUAUUAUACCAAAUUGUGAAGAUGCUGCUGCUUCUUAAGUAUCGUAACCAAGAAUCUACAGCUAAUAUUCCCCCAGGCUCUACAGGCUUACCAUUCGUUGGAGAAACUCUGCAGUUCAUGGCAGCCAUCAAUAGUCACAAGGGGUUUUACGACUUUGUUCGAAUUCGCCGUUUGCGGUACGGGAAUUGCUUUAGGACCAACAUAUUUGGAGAGACACAUGUAUUUGUUUCGAGUACAGAAUCAGCAAAAGCAAUUUUGAACAAUGACUCCGGUAAGUUCACAAAGAGAUAUAUAAAGUCCAUCGCCGAGUUGGUUGGUCAUCAAAGCCUUUUAUGUGCUUCUCACCAACACCAUAAACUAAUACGAGGCCGUCUCAGCAAUUUGUUCUCCAUGACCUCUUUAUCUUUGUUCAUCAAGCAGUUUGAUCAACUAAUCGUUGAUAAUCUUAGCAGCUGGGAACAUAAAGCCACCGUGGUUGUUCUCGAUGAAGCACUCAAGAUCACUUGUAAAGCAAUGUGCAAAAUGUUAAUGAACAUAGAAAGCGGUUAUAAGUUAGAAAUUUUGCAAAAGGAAGUGGCUCGUGUGUGUGAAGCAUUGCUUGCAUUCCCACUGAGAAUACCUGGGACCAGAUUUUACAAAGGCCUUCAGGCGAGAAAAAGAAUAAUGAGCAUAAUUGAGGAGGAAAUUAGUGACAGGAGAAGAGGCUUGGGAACUAAUCAGCAUGAGGAUUUUCUAGGAAGCCUAUUGGCAGGUGAUGAUAAAGCAUGUUAUGAGGCUGGACCCAACAGGCAAAAGCUAUUAGAUUCAGAGAUCCAAGACAAUAUCUUAACUAUGAUAAUUGCAGGUCAAGAUACAACGGCUAGUGCAGUAACGUGGAUGGUCAAAUACUUGGAUGACAACCAAGAGGUCCUUCACACACUAAGGGAUGAACAACUUCAACUAGCAAGAAAAUCACCAGAAAAGACAUUUCUCACAUUGGAAGAUCUAAACGACAUGCCGUAUGCUUCCAAGGUAGUAAAAGAAUCCUUAAGGAUGGCAUCUAUUGUACCGUGGUUUCCCAGGCUAGCUCUUCAUGACUGUGAGAUAGAGCGAUUUAAGAUAAAAAAAGGAUGGAAUGUUAACAUUGAUGCGAGAGCAGUUCACCUCAAUCCUACGAUGUAUAAUGAUCCAAAAAAAUUCAACCCUUCAAGAUUUGGGGAUGCAGAAUCAAGACCUUAUAGCUUCUUAGCUUUUGGGAUGGGAGGGAGGACAUGCCUCGGAAUAAACAUGGCCAAAGCCAUGAUGCUUGUCUUUCUACACCGCCUUGUCACUACCUAUAGGUGGAAAGUUAUAGACCAAGACUCAAGCAUUGAGAAGUGGGCAAUGUUUUCAAGACUAAAAAGUGGAUGUCCAGUGAUCGUGAAACGGGUCGUGUAUGACGAUGAUGGAUACUAG